AUGCAAACGUGCUCGCGAAAAGGAGGGCAAGUCAUCUGGAGCACGUCGCGUCGGAAGCUCGGGGCAACGAACGGAUCCCGAUACGCUAAUGUUCUGACAAGAACGGAGUGUCGCGCCCCACUAAACUAUCAUGCACGACCAACACGCCGCCGCGUCCACGCGAUAGUAUCGGAGAACGAGCGAUCGACUGCAUACCCGAAAAGGUACAGGCAAGAGAGGAGCGAAGACCGCGUAUGCCGACUCGAUAUUCCCAUGAUGCCGCCGACACCAGGCUUCGUCGCGCUCCAUGGAACGCGGGCAUCUCAACCUCUUCGGUGCCCUUGUCGCCUUCGCGAUCACGCCCUCGCAGCCCCUCUGGUAAGGCUGUGGCGCCGACGCGUUGACGCCCAUGCGCGUCGCCGACGUGCCCGUCGAGCUGCGCCCGAGCGCUCUACACUUGCCGUUACACGUGAACAUAAUUUGGUCCGCGCACGCCGCACACACAUCAUGGACUUUGCUGUGAUUUUUUGGCAAAAAAAUGAUUUUCGCGGGAAAACAUUUUUUGCAAUUUUUGGAGUGAUCUGA